AUUGUUAGGAGCAGUUCCACCUGGGACAACGAUGGGGAACUGUUGACUCUAUAACUGUUUUUUUGGUGUGAGAGAGAGAGAAGGGAAGAUGUCAUCUGGCCGUCCCAUUAAGUGUGUGGUAGUGGGUGACGGGACCGUGGGCAAGACCUGUAUGCUCAUCUCCUAUACCACAGACUCCUUCCCUAAAGAAUACGUCCCCACGGUAUUUGACAAUUACUCAGCACCAAUGGUGGUGGAUAGCAUUCCAGUUAGUCUGGGACUUUGGGACACAGCGGGGCAAGAAGAUUAUGAUAGAUUGCGACCUUUAUCAUAUCCACAGACAGAUGUAUUCUUGAUCUGCUUUAGUGUGGUGAGUCCGUCCUCCUGUGAGAACGUCACCUCUAAGUGGUAUCCAGAAAUUAAACACCACUGUCCAGAUGCACCUAUAAUUCUUGUUGGCACAAAAAUGGACCUGAGAGAAGACAAAGAGACCCUAGCACUCCUAUCUGACCAGGGACAAUCUCCAGUUAAGAGAGAAGCAGGUCAAAAGCUAGCAAAUAAGAUCAGAGCUGUGAAAUACAUGGAAUGUUCGGCGUUAACACAACGAGGACUUAAGCAGGUAUUCGACGAAGCUGUGAGGGCUGUACUCCGACCAGAGCCCAUGAAGAGAAGACAGCGCAAGUGUUCAGUCCUCUAAGGUUGAUAAACUGGCUAGUCUUGUCUCUGUCUCUUCUGCUGUCUCCCCAUUUCUGCCUCAGAUCCCCAGUCAAGCGAGUAUUAAGUCAGGUUUCUUCCCCUUAUUCAACUGAAAGCAAUAUUUGUAACCAGAUAAGAUUAUUUUCACGAUUGGUGUGUUCCGUAAACCUGGGUUAUGAGUUUUGCAGAUGCUGUUAUGUUUGGCCUUGUAUAUCCCAGCCAUGUUAGGCCAAGAAUAUGGUUAAAAUUUUAUUACAUGCAGUAUGAUAUAAGCAGUAUAUAAGUCACACACAGCGGCGCUUGAGAUGGUGUUGCUAGUUGGAAAUCAAUGUAGAAGUUAAAUACUAUAGAAUAAUCAACUAUUUAAAAGUAUGUGAAACUUGUGAAAAAAUCUAAAAGCGUGUGUGCGUGCGUACAUGGGUGCAUUUAUGCAUGAGUGUUUGCUUGUGCUUGUUCAUGUAUGUGUGGGUGUGUGUGUGUGUAUGUGCCUGUCUGCAUUUGUGAAUACUCCCACAUGAGCAGCAGCAGCUUCUUAUCUUUGGGUACCAACAAGAGCUUACUUACUCUUAUUUAUUGUUAUCCACAACAUACUAGAAUGCACAAUGCCAUCUACAUUGUUAAGGAAUUGUUUCAUAUUUCAUUACUCAUUGAAACAGGAGCAGAACUGUGGGUUAAUUUAUUUUAUCAGUAAUGUGUAUGUUUAUAGAUUGCCUGAAGAAGCCUUUACAAUACGUUACUACAGUAUAUACGUACGGUACCUUAAAUAUCCAAGACCAGUUGAUUAACACUAACGACCUUCCUAAGUUGGACUUGGUCAGCUUACUACUACUACUGUACAGUACUCCUGAGGGACAUAAAGUAACACUGCUAACAGCUGCUCUUCAGUAUACCUGUGAUAAGAGGGGAGUUUAUACUGAUGUGUCACCAAAUUGAAGGUUUUCAUUGGCUUAUCAGAUCAAUAAUUGGUUUGUACUGCAAACCCUCUUUGAUAUUAAUGGUGUAAAUAAUUGAAGGUUCUAUGAUUAUUGAAUCACUUGGAUAAUUGAGGUAUUUGCAUAAUAAUUACAAUCCACCAAAUAAACUUUUAACCCCUUGAGUAUGUUGACAGAUCUAACACACUUUGUUUAUGACCUGCACAUGUUUGUCUCUUCUCAAGGGGUUCACAAGUCCAGCCUCCCUGAGUCAAGUUCCCCACUUUUAUGCAGCUCAACUUCAACUGACACCACAAGAGCCAUGUGUCACAAUUUUGGGUGUCAGAAAUUUAAAACCAACCCUUUACUUUAUAGAUUAGGUGCAGCUUUUCCAAUUUGUAUUUGUUUUAAGGAAUGAUACAAUUUUCUGUUUUACUCUAGGCUAAUUUUUGUACUUUUAUUAUGGAAAAUUAUACCAAAAUACUUAGAGAACCUUAAAAUUGCGCUUUAUGCCAGGUUUCAAAAGGGCUCCUUGUCAUGUUUCAAAAGGUGUGUUGCCUUGAUUCAAAAGAAGUAUCUAUGUUACUUCUAAACAGUUAAUCUUUUUUAUUUUCUUGUUUGUGAUUGUAGUCAUUGAUUUAGUUAUCUUUUAUGUCCUUUUUCUUUAGUGUAGGAAAAACCUUACUUUGAUUUUUAUAGGAUUAAUAUAAAUCUCGGUCAUUUACUUCUCCUGAGUUACCGACUACCAAGGAAUUACCACUAAGCUGUCCUUCUCACCACCAAGCUGUAAUAACCACAGGAGGUCCCUUUUGUCAGAUAAUUGUUUACAUAUAUACAAUAUGAGUAACAGCCAGGGCACUGAGCUCACUUGUGUCAUUGUUCAAUCCAUGGUGCUCUCAUGUCAUUUAAUUAUUACAGCUAUAUGAUUUGUAAGACCUGUAUAUGUUUUGAUUCCGUAGUGAUCAUUAUUUUUGAGGUCAAACUUCUCAUUUUCCUCCUCUGGGUUCUUACGUACCUUCCACUACUCACCCCCUCAAGCCUUGUGUCUAUAUUUUUCUUGGUGUCAAAAUUUCAUUACCUCUGUUGUCCCGUAUACCAGAUUACAACACAUUUUCAGCCUCUUAUCUGCUUUAAUCUUAUUGAGAAAUUACUGUUUGUAAAUUCUCUCAAACCUGAAAGUUCCACCCAAGAAAAAAAAAUCAAUUACCAGCCGAGCUCUAUUAAAAUUCAGUCCACAUCACAGAUAUGGAUAGAAGAUAAAUAAAGGCUUAGUUUGGUUAAAGUAAAUGGUCUGGUAUAUAGUGAGUCACGUGUGUAUUGCUGCGUCCCCACACCCCGCCCCCAGUAUUUGAAGGUUUAAACUCGUAUCCUGUGUAAAUCAUAGACGUGGUUCACAAUGUCUUCUGGGUUAUGUUCCUUUAACUAGUCGCUGACCAAAUUGACUGACUCAACUGAUGUCUGGGCCAUUACAAAUUGUUCCUAGAGCUUUUACCUGAAGAUGGGAGAAAUUGUGAACUUAUCAAUAGCGAGUCUGAAAAUAUUAUCGUCAGAACUCAUUUCUUUAGAGUUGAUGAAGUUUUUAUUAUUAUUAUUAUUUACAUUAUAUAGGCCAUGGUCCCUUUCAUCCCCAGCCUCUUUAAAUACUCUUUAAGUCUUUCGAACUAAAAUUUUGAAAGCAGAAUCCCAGAUAAUCUCUUGGUAUAAUUCCAUAUUAAUCUAUAUGUCCUGUUUACAUUGAGCCUUGGUUGAGCAAAACACUACUUAGCCCUAAGAAUGAUUUGUGUAACUUUGCCAAUGUUUAACGAUAUCAGAGAAAAAUCUGUAUUAUAUAAACUUGUAUGAUGAAGAGUAUAUAGAUAGCUUUAAUUAAAUGUUUUUUUUUGUCUUUCCAAGAAUAUUUUGGGGGUAUACUGAUAAAGGACGAAAUGCUUUAUGGAUGAGCCAAGACGUCUUUUCAAAAAUUGGAUGAAGACAAAGAAUUUAUUGGGUUAUUGCACACCAUUCUUAACCAUCAAUCACACAUCAUUCAUUCUCAUUUAUACAAUUCAUAUUUAACUUUGCACUUCCAACACAGAUGACUAAUAUACAUGGGGUUUUCAGGUCUCUUAUAGUUAUAAAUAUACAUUAAUUUUGCAGUAUUUACAUCUGUGUAUACAAUCUCAGAAGACAUAUAAAAUAUAUUCACGUUAUCGUAGUUGCUGAAUAUUUUCUGUCGGGUUCAAAUAUUGGGAUUUUUUUUUUUGUAACAUAUUUUACCGCCAAACCUGAAUUAAUUUGUCAACUGUUUUACGGCCAUUAUCCCUUAAGUGAUUGAGGUGCGGUAAUACGUGAUUAUAAACUUGAAGAUGCUGCACCAAAGUUUGUCUGAUAUAUCAUUGUGUAUCUAAGGUAAAGGUUGCUGUCUGAAGAUCACAUCUUUUCUCUGUUGGCAUCCAGGAAUGUCAAGAGGCUCAACUGUAUAUAUUUUAUACAUGUAAUUUUCCUAUAAGACUUAUUAUAACAGUUAACUAAUGCACGUUACUUAACAACAACAGAAGGAAGAAGAAAUGUAUUGAUAUAACAAGGUGGGAGUAUUGAGGAUUGGUUUCCAGUUAGAAAAAUAACAACUGCCUGGUGGAGUGUAAGAUUUAAUUCAUGAUUAUUUACUACAAUAUAGUGGAGGUGGGUGUUUGAUGUAAUUAUUUAAUAUCAGCCUAAACCAGUUUCCACCUUGAUCUCGAGUCUUAAACAAAUAAUACCUGUUGUAACGACUGUAUAUUUUAUAAUUGAUUUAUAUUUAAUGAUGUGGUUUGAUAUGAAGAUUAUUAACUGUAUACUGUAGUUGAAAAUUAUGAGACGGGUUGUGUGUAGUAUUGGACGUUUGUGGUUGAAAUACAGUCCUCCAACUUUAUUAUUCUGUUGACUGGAAAUUUGUAUUCCUCAAUGUGUGUGAUAUUUCAGACAGAAAACCAAUCAUUGCUCUGAAAACAUCACUUUGGGUUAAAUCAGAGAUGAAAGAAAAAUGUAACCAUGAAAUAUAUGUUAACCAUUUGAGCCAGAAACAUUAAAUGGAUGUGGAGAUAUUGACCUGACUCACUCAUUAAUGUGAGCAUAUACUGUACACAGAAACACACAUGAGUAUACACAACAAGGCUGUAAAAAAGUGCUGAACGUUUAUCGCUUUUAUGUGAUGCAUCUCCGUACGUAACGUUUUACGAGAGAUGUGUGAAUAAUAACUAUCAUUCGGUGGUCUUGAUUUUCCCGCACGUUUCUUGUAAACAUUGGCAUGAUCACUCAGUUUGGGUUUUACAGCUUAUAUCACCUUGAAUAAUCCUUCCCCACACUCGACCUCCAGUUCAAGACCUUAUUAAUGUGAUCGUCAUCAGUGUAACAAAUAGAUUUACUACGAGUUCCAUAUAAGAAAAAAAUCGAUUAGUGAACGAUAAAGAAAUAACAGAAUGGUGAGCACGAGACAACAUUGUGUACGUAGAAUGGAUUAAAAACAUUACACUAAUAAAGACUUCUCACUUGACUUACUGUCGUUUGUUAUAGGGGAAUAUUAUCAGGGGAAAACAUAAUUUCUCUGGGGUAUAAAGUAUAGGUAAAUGGUCAAGGUCGGGUAGAGUUAUCUGGUCAUUGGUAGUCUCGAUCGGUCAUAUCAAAACACUUUUAAUUCAUUUACCGAUGCUUCUCACGUGGAAGGUUGCUAGUUACCCAAAGGAGAGAUGAUUAUAUCGCCGUAGCUUUAACACGUUCAAACUACCGACGAGACGUAGUACUGAAAUGUGAAAUAGGAAGUCCAUGUUUAUGUUAGUUUGGGCUUUGAUGAUCCUUUACUUGUGCACUCUUGACCAUGAAGUAAUUAUUGGUUAUUAUUAUGUUGUAGAAUUAUUGAGGUUUUGAUUGGUUAUAAGAAGAAAGUUACUUUACUACUGUCAUAGAAGGAAUAUAUAGGGUAAAUUAUCUUGCAGUGAAACCUCUAUAUAACGGACAUUUAUUGGCAUAUAAUCCGUUAAGUGGAGGGUUUCGCGUCAAAUGGACCCUCGAUAUAAUGGACUUUCAUCUCAAUAUAGUUCAUCAGAUGGAGGUUUCACAUAUAACGAACCCUAGAUAUAGCGGAAUUUCCUCUCCAUAUAGACCAUUAAAGAGAGGUCUCACUGUGGUAUAAUCACCUGUUGUCAAGGUUCAGAAGGCCUCAGUCAGUCGGUAAAGGGUUUAUGUUCUUGGGUUUUUAUGUUUGAGUUCCUGCACAAAUUCUAAACUUUUUAUUUCUACUGAGUGUUUUUUUUUUACACAUACCUUAAUUUUUUUUGUGUGUGUUUCCCCAUAAGAAUGAUUUGAUGAAUAAUGAUAGGACCAUGAUAUGAUUAUAUGUAAUGAUAGGACCAUACCAUAUGUCACUGCCUUUGCUUAGAUGAGAACCAAAAAAUCAUUGCGCUUUUCCUGCAUACACCUGUUGAAGGUAACGAUAAAGUCUCCCUCUUAAAUGGUGAUGUAGAUAAAGAAAAGAGACAACUUUAUUACAUUGGGUCUUCUGAUACUCAGCUGGCGACUAUGAAUUCUUCACCGGACUUAUUUUCCUAGAGUAUAUUUUCACAUUUAAGCAAACCUUUUAUGUGCUUUUAGGUCAUAUUGCAGCUUCUCUUACUUUAAAUUAGCCAGAUAACAUGUGUGUCUUUCAGCAGAACAUGCUUCAAAAUAUACAAACUCACACAAAUACAUAUAAAUAUAUAUAUAUACUAUAUAUAUUUAUUAAUAUAUAUAGGAAUUAUAGGCAUCUUUUGCCAUGUUACUGAGACUUCCACAUUAUUAUGUUGAAAGCUUAAUGUUAGUCUGGUAGAGUUAAGGACUUUAAGAUGUGCCUCUAGAAACUUUUGUAAUGUAAAUCAACAGAAAACAAACAGUGUGUGGUCUAGAUUUUUGUGAUUACAACACAUUACCACAUUUUAACAAAAUUUAAGCUUUAUUUGUUUCUUUAUAUCUGUAGUGUAUGUAGGUUCAUUAGACCAAUACAUAGAGUGUUAAACCUUCCUGUAGACUACAUUAUGCAGCUCUGAUGACUACAGGACUCUGGUUUAUAGACUGAUAUUUUGUUGCAGAGAAUAAAUGUGCAUAUAGAAGUGUAAUAUUUCACUGACUGUGGCACACUCAGUGAUUUGGGCUUGUGUGUUGUUGUUAUGUGGUAGUCCAUCCAGAGUGUGGUACUGUCAACCAAAUAUUCCAAUCAUUCCUGAAGGUGGAUGGCUACAGGUGCCACUCAGAUACGCACCGUAGUUUGUAUAGGUAACAAGUCAUCCAUGACAAAGAGCUUGAUGACAUUAUACAAGUACUGUAUUGCCGAGUACUUACCCCCGUGGGAUAUUAUCAGGUUUACCAUGAAUGAUCACUACAAGGACACUGAAUCACUGAUGGCGCUGCAUAAUUCUAGGAGCAACUUCUUCAUAACUUAAAAAAAAAUGAAUGUAUCAAUUGCUUCUCAUAUUUUUAAUUUUAAAGUGAUAUGUGUAUGCUAAUUUUUUGCCGAUUCUUUGUGUCUUCAUAUUAAAGGAUGGUUAGUAUGUUUGAAACAAUUAGGAGAAAUAUAGUUAGCUUGUUAAUUCUUAUGCUGUGUCCUUUGAUAAUUUUAUAAACUUAGAUAUAUGGGACUUCAUGUCACGUCUCGAGGAAUGAUGAGGUUAAUGUUAUUGUUGUAAAGUCAAAUACAGUUUCUCAUCAUGUUCUGAAGGACAAAUGAUCCUCUUUUGUUUUGUUUUUUGAGUUUUUUGGUUAUUUAAGCAUCUAGUCACUAGCUGAAGACAGUGUCCAAAUGUGAGGAAUGGUGAUUUUUUUUUAUUAUUUACAGAUACAAAAUACAAUACCUGGUAGUUUGAUAAAAAUACUACAGAGAAAAAGAGAAAGUUAAAUAGAACUACUUUCAUUUCCUACUUUGAUUUAAUGUACUUUUUAUACGAAUGCAAAAUAUAUUUUGAUGAAAAUACAGAGAUAAAGUUGAAUAGAAGGAAUUAAUUCAUAUCCUAGUUUUGAGUUAUGAAUUAUUUUUUGUAAUUUGUGAAUAAUAUUAGUAAGUGCCACAGAGAAAUUAUCAUUGAAGUUUGUUAUUUCUUCUCAUGAUAAUCACUCAAUUAUUACAGUCAGAUGACUUUUAGGAGAUGACGCAAGUUAGUCAUUAAUAAGAGAUCAGAAUAAGGCGCUGUUGUCAAAAUCUCCGGUCACAAAAAAGAUCUUGUUUUUUACGAAUUUUGGUUAUAUUUUUGCAUACUUUUUUAUUAUUGCUAUUGUACUAAAUUGUUAAAGUAUUUUCUCUACAUACCUUACUAUUAUUAUUAUUUUUUUUUUUUUUUAAUAUUUUUUUUUUUAUCAGAGUAAAAUUGAUUGAAAAUAAACCUAUGUAGGAUUCAACCACCAACAAACUGCUCCUUAUUUCUGAAACUGGUUAAGAUAAUCAGUCCAGUAGCAGGUAAUAAUGUAGUAAAUAUCCAGAUUAGUAAAAGUGAAGUGAAAUUUAUUAAGACAAACAAACAAUGUAAUACAGGUGUGUGAACAAUAAAAGGACAACUCUUGUGUUAGGUUUGUGAGCAAUGAACCGGUACAGUGGAGUGGUCCUCGACAGCUGCUCUCUCUCUUGAACCAUAAAUAAUGCACAUUUUACAUUGUACUUAAAAGUGUAUACAGUAUAUAUAAAUUACCUGUAUACAGGAAUUUCCUAAAACUGAGCAUCAAAUAUCUUUCGAGUCAACCUUUUGUCUCUUUAUUCAUCUUAUAUUAUGUACAUUUUUAGGUGGCUACUAUGCAGACAAUGAUUUACCUAGUAUAUUAUAUUAAAAAUUUGACUUUGCUAGACUAAUGCUGUAUGUUGGUUACCACAGAAUACCUCUCUAGUUAAUAUAUCAAGAAUUAAAAGUAGAAAAUCCAGUUUGUAGAAUGAAAUGAUCAAGAGAUUUGCUUUGGAUACUUGAGAUGGUCAAUGGGUUAAAUGUCGAAGGAAGACUUUAUGAUUGGCCGCGUCUCGAGUCCUAGAGAGAAUAAAACAAGAAAGAUACAGGUACGGUGGAUAGAUUUGGAGACAAUAUCAAAUAUAUAUAUGUAGGUAAAUAUUCAUAUGGUUAGUAAAACUGAUGAGGGUAAUUCUGUUUGGUGCAGCUAAUAACACAUCCAUACAGAUCAAAUUUAUUACUUUUAUUUGCUAAGUAUACACCGGCUUCCCUUUUAUGUGAACUUUUUAUAUAAUGUGUCUUAUGUAGAGCUGAAAAUCUGCCCUCGAUGAUAUGAAGCAUAAAAAUUAUAUACAGUCAUCUAUAAAACUCCUGUCACCUCUCGUGAACCAUGAACCCCGAGAUUCAGACUCGUGAAUCCAAAGGUUUGGGUUCACAAGUCCGAGUCUCUGGGUUCGUGGUUCAGGAGAGGCGACGGGACUUGGUGGGUGACUGUACCUGCAUGACAUCUGCCGUUUCCCUCCUAUCAUGUGCUUUGUUAUGAGUGACUUUAUAAUUUUUCAUAGGACAUUACAGUGCAGUACUCAGAAGUGUUGUAUACAUGAUUAGGAGAUGUUUUUACUAGCCAUAAGUACAAGGUUUGUUAUACAGUACAGUAUCAGUAGAAACUGAUUUGUUGGCUCAUCUCAAGAAUCUUCACCCCAGUUUAUUUUACCCAAAGAUUAAUCACCCUGAUUCUAACCUAACCUGACUUAACCUAAAUUAACUUAUCCUAUACAGUACACUCCUAACCUUACCCCCCAUCCCAUUAGUGUCAGGGCGGUUAAUGUAAAGGUGAAAUAAGCUGAGGUGGAGAUUCUUGAGGUGAUCCACUUUGUUUACAUUUUGAUUGUAGAGAUGAACGGUCUGCAGCUCAAAACAUGAGAGUAAACUUGUCCAUUACCACAAGCCACUGCAGCUACAAUGUAAUCUGUCAUUAAAAAUGUGCUAAAACAAAAUAGUUAUCUAAGCUACAAAAUGUUUGUUACUUUUUCAGAUUUUGUAAUAAUUUGUGUCCUGCAGUCAAGCUUAGUGUUUUACUCCUGUUAAAUGGUAAGCUUCCAUCUUCUUUGGAAAGAGAUAUGCUGUGUGAGCAUAAUUAUCACUUGUGUUCCCCUGUACGUACGUGAUUUUUUCCCCGAUAAUUCUGAAGCUUCCCGAGUAAUAACGAUGAACCUUAACCAGAUACAGUACAGUAUAAAUUCUGUUGUGUUUCUUAAGUAGGAUCAAGGAAGAUGUAAGUAAUCAUAACAGGAAGUGCUGGGUUGUUUUUUACACCAGCAGUGACAUGCUUCUGUUACACUCUGUGUACUCCCUAAUAUUUAGGGCUGUUUGUAAAUUUAAAAUGGAUAAAUCAAUUGAAUUUUAGUUUUCAUAAUGAAAAUAAACUUUAUUUUUGAGUAAAGUUGUGUAUUAAUAUGUUGAUUAAGGUUAUUGCAUCUUCCUUGUUUUUGUAAGUGUCUUUGUGAUGCACAAAUUAUAAGAUAAAUUUCCUUCUGUGUUUUUUGUCUCAACAUUUUGUAUCACAAACUACCCAUGGACAGCUAACAUGACUUUCAAUAAACAAUAUAUGACA